AUGCCAAAUGUAGUUGAAAACGUAGAAAGUUCAAUGUCACCGAAGAUCAAAAGAAAAACUCAAAGUACCAAAGGCUUAUGGACAAAACAAGAGGAUGUUGCAUUGGUUGAUUGUCUUGUUGACUUGAGUAAAGAUUCAGCUUGGAAGAGCGAGAAUGGUUUUCGAACUGGGUACUUGGUGCAUUUGGAGAAACUCAUGGCUGCUAAAUUGCCAUCAAGUAGUUUGAAGGCUACUCCUCAUAUUGAGUCAAGAUACAAGCUACUAAAGAGACAGUUUCAUGCUAUCACCGAGAUGUUGAAUCAUAGUAGUGGAUUUGGGUGGAACGAUAUUGAGAAGUGUAUUAUGUUGAGUCAUCCAGCUGAUAUUGGGUUAAGGAACAAAGAGUUCCCCCACCUUGAUGACUUGAUGUUUAUGUGGGGGAAAGAUCAUGCCACAGGAGAUAAUGCAGAAACCCCUGCUGAUGCAGUAGAAGAGAUAAAUUUAUGCGAUGAAGAGGUCGACACAUCUAAUGCAGAAAUAUUUGUUGAAUGUUACAAAGGUGAAAAAUCUAAUGAUGUCAAGCAAGCAAUAAGGAAAUCUGAGACUCUGGAUUCAUCAAUUUGUUCAUCAAACAAGAAGCCAACCACUAGAAAGAGAAAAAGAAAGGCUGAUGAUGCUUUAGAUGACUUGGUGGGAGAGAUUCACAAGUAUGUUAUUGCUGUUACUGAGGCUAACGAGGAGAUGAAGGGAAUUUCCACAUACUUCAAGAAACAACCGAGAGUGGUGAUAGAAAAAUGA